AUGAAGAAAGAGAUUGGUUGCGGAUCUCUCGUCCAUUCAUCCCCUGGCUCGACAAGGACCACAACCGAUCUUUGGCUUGAAGAGAUUUUCGAGAACUGCUUCGAAUCUAUCGUGGGACUUUGGCUGGGCAAGCAUUGUUGUCCCUUCCUUAACGACCCAUCCAGUGAGGUCGUUGUACGACCUACAAGACUAUUCACAGAGCUUGAUGCAUAUAUGAGUGAAGAAUGGGAGUCUAGUACUCCUGGUUAUCUAAGCGACUUACCCGCACAGAAGCAAGCCCAGGACUAUCAAAUUGACCAGAUUCUACGUCGUGCCAUACGAGCAUUCUCUGCGAGAUGGCUUCCCCUGAUUCCGCAAGAGAAUUCGUUUGGAAGAGACUACGAUGAGGAAAUCAGAGAAAUUUGGCGCGCGUCCCGGAAAGAUAUGCUAAGGGCUAUCAAUCAAGUUUCAUAUCGCUCAGUAAUGACAUUAUUCCUCUUUGGAUUAACACCAAUACCGAAUGGGAUCUCAGAUGACGAAGAAUUGGAAGGUCUGACGGGCCAGAUCUGUGUGCAAACUGCACUUCAACAGGUACAGAGGUUGAGAGAAAGACAGAAGAAUUGUCAAUUCAAUGGAGCGAAGGUCUCACCUGGUUCGGAUACAUUGGUGGCCCCGACUCCUGGACCUACCUUGACACAAGAAUAUCUUGCUUUCGAGAGCAGGGCUUACUGGUGUGCAUUGAUGUUUGAUACUUCCGGAUCGUUAACGCUCAACUUCAGGUCCUCCCUUACGGCAGGGCUAAAUGGAUUUACCUCCGAACCUGCUUGGCGUUUGGUAAAAAUGUGGCUCGCUGGUUCUUUCCACAGCAGAACUGAAGAAUGGCGGACGAACGGUUUCGAAAUGACCGACGAUUCCGCCUGUCAGGUUAUCUCGGCUGCUGCUGCGUGCAAACUCUACGUGUGGAAGAAUAUCGCAGUGUUGAAAGAAGCUCUUCGUGAGGGGGUGGAGGAGGAAAUGGUCAAUCAAGCCUGGACGUCACUCAUGGAAGGAAUUGACAUGUUCAAGGUCACAAUACGUCCACUGAUGAGAGAUUGUGAGAGGAGACUUCCCUUUCUUGGACAACUCGCAAGAAUAAACUGGUAUGAGACGAUGUUGCACUAUUAUCUUGGAAUUUUAAUCUUGGUUGAUGCCGUCGAGGCCGCGGAGCGAAGCGACCUACUUUCCGAGCUCACGGAGACAAGACUUGAUGCAGAACACGAAGCAUUCAACGCCCUCAAAUUCGGUCUCGAAAGCCAGUAUACGGUGUACGAGCCCUUCACAGAACAAGGUGCCGCAUUUCCAGCAGCACCUGGCCGAUCCAUCACUACCUCCUUCGUCGCUGUCGACCCCUAUCCUCACCACGUUGUGGCUUCAGUACGAUUGAUGAAUAAAGUCGUUUAUCGCGAGUACCAACAGGGCAAGAUCAAGUACGAAGCUUACUCUUACCUCUCGUCCACUUUGCUCAAAGCCCUUGAACAAUUGCCGCAGUCCUCCAAAUCGGUACAGGCAGCGCACCAGUACUUUCAGAUCGCUUUUAAGGAUCAUGAUGCGAUGCCCUUGGCGAAUACUGUCUACGGCAUAUCUCAAGAGCAAGAAUGCGACAUCUACUGA